CAGGGGCAUGGCGCUGUUCUUCUGGAGCCAUCGGUGCAACGACGCGUGCCGGCUGCUGCACCUGUCACCCUUCCCGACCUUCGCCGACCAGGUCGUUCGGGCCAAGGCGGCCGCGGGCGCCGAGCUCCGCGUGAGCGCGAUGGCGCACGGCGCGCUGUCGAAGACAGACUCCGAGCUGAGCUCGGCCCGGCGGCAGGCUGGCGUACGCACGAGCAGGCUGCAGGUGGAGCAGAUGCUGCUCUUCAACGACGGGGACUGGUUCUCCGUGCCCAGGGUGCGGCACCCGCGCGGCAGAGGCCCCAUGCCCGAGGAGCUGGUGGAGCCGUGCAUCCACAUGGAGCUCGCGUGGUACUACUCGACCGGGCGCCUGAGCGCGGGACAGACCGCGCAGAUCUCCCCCGAGGGGGCCCUCUUCCACCUCCAGCAGGCGGCCAAGGGCGGCCUCGUGUGCGCACUGCUGGCACUGGCCCGGCUGUGCUCGGACCUCCCGCACGAGGAUUUCCUGCCUUCUGUCCUCGGUUGCUCCGCUGAGCUGUGCCUGCACCUGUUGGAGCUGGCGGCGGACCGGGGUAGCGCCGCUGCCGCUGGCAGUUUGGCGCAGCUCACCGAGCAGGGCAUCUACGAGCCCGCCGACCUUCUGAAGGCCGCGCACAUGUACGAGCACUUCGCCAGGCUGCACCUCGAGGAGGACGUGGAGGGGUGCGAGCCCUGCGAGGGCCCUGGCGAGGAUGGGGCGGAGGACGAGAGGCUAUGGUGCGACGGCAUCACCCGGCCGACGUUCUGGAGCUCCAGCUUCGGCUGGGAGAGCCACGGGCUGACGCCCCAGAUGUCGCUGGCCGACGCGGCGCGACUGCACGGCGACCUGGGCGGCCACGCGCGGGCCGCGGAGCUCUACCGCUGGGCUUCGGAGGUCGCGAUGGAGGCGGGGGAGGCCAAGCAGGCCGACAGGUACGAGCGCCUGGCCCAGGCCGCGGAAAGCGCGGCGGACGCCGACACCGGCGCCGACGGCCUAGUGGAUACCUCCCCCGUGCGGAGCAGGACUUCCUCUGUGCACUUGCCGGCCGCCGUGCACUUGCCGGCGACGCUGCUGGCGAGGUUGGGCGAGCUGGCCAAGGAGUUGGGCGUGCCAGAGGGCGAGGAGGGCGUGGGCAAGGCCGUAGAGAAGCUGCUGCAGGCGUACCGAGGCGGCGGCGGCGGUGGAAGCCGCACCUUCCCUGCCUCCUCCCCAGGUGGGCCCCGUUCAAUCCUCAAGAAAAGCGUGACGUUCUCGCAGCAGCCGCCCGAGGAGUUCCAGCCCCCGUGCGAGGACGGCGUGGAGGAGCAGACGCACGCGUUCGACAGAGCGGUCGUCGACAAGGCUCUUUGCUCCCCGAAGCAGGGGCCUGCGCCUGCGCCGCCCGCGCCGCCGCCCUGCAGUGCCACGAGCUCCACCGCAGCGGCGACCUGCUCGCGCGCCGCAGCGCCAGCGCCGGCGGCGCAGGUCGAGGUGGCCGACAGCACGGGGCGGCCUCUUGGCGGCGCCACGGUGGUGCUCGUCGACAGCGCCACAGGGACGCAGCUGUCGGAGGCAGCCGUCACCGACGCCGCGGGGAAGGCUCGCGUCUGCGCGCGGCGCCGGAGGCUGCUGCUGCGCGUGACCCGGCCUGGGUAUGCCAGUGGCCGACCGAGGUUCGCCUAAGCGGUGGCUGCCCGGGGGAGGGCGGCGACCUCCGGGAGAUCGCCGCGGACUGAGCCAGGGCGCACCCCCGGCCGGCUGGUCGCCCCGCCCAACGCGGGCCGCGAGGGUGCGCCCAAGACCCCGCGGGGGGAAAAAAAAUUGAGAG